AUGAUUAAGUGUACAGUUUGCCAAAAAUCAGUGACUAAGAAGACUCCAGCGUUAACAUGUAGUAGGUGUGAUAAUGUUGUCCACGAAAAGACGGAUUGCAGCGGGCUGACCAACAAGCAGCGAACCGCACUCCAUGCUGCUGAAACUCUAGAAUGGGUGUGUAGAGAUUGUCAUCUGUCAUCAACAAGACGAACGUCGUUCUUGUCGGCUGUAGAAGACGAGGAUGAAGACGAUGAAGAAGCUGCUCGCGCCGUUGCACCCUCGCUUAACUUGAAAAAACUCCUGGAUAACAUUAGUAAGGAGGUGCAUAAAAUUGUGAUGCGUGAGCUUGACGAGCUAACAAAGUCGGCUAGACACGCUAGUGAUAAGAUCGAUGAGUUUGAAGAGUCGGCCCGAGCUUCUAAAGAGAGGAUAAAACAUCUCGAACGGCAAAAUUCUGCACUUAAAAAUCAAAAUACCCACCUAGAAACUAGAGUCGCCGCGCUCGAGCAGCGAGUUGAUGCGAUUGAACAAGCUGCCAUGGUCGACUGUGUUGAAAUGAUAGGUGUCCCUUUGAUAAUGAAUGAGGAUACUGUAAAGAUAGCCCAAAAGGUAGGUAUGUCAUUAAAAACCCUAGAUUCGAAUAACAUGAACAGCAUCCGCUCAGCUCGUCGGCUACCCUCCCGUGACGGCAAGUCAGGAGCAAUUUUAGUACAACUAAGCGACUCCGAGACCAAGCUACGAUGGAUUUCGGCUGCACGCAACGCAGAUCUUUUGGCCUCCAGCUUAUUACCGGACCUGACCGGGACAGAGGCAGUUGCCAAAAUAACACUGCGGGAGGCACUCACCGGCCGAACCAAGUACCUGCUAUUUCAAGCUAAAUCUAAGCUGAGGGAUACGCAAAAGUUCAAGUAUGUCUGGUGCAAGCACGGUAAAGUUUUCGCUAGAAAGGGAGAUAAAGAUAAGAUCUAUUGGGUCCGUAACGAAAAGGACAUCGAAGAACUAGUUAAAUAAAUUACACUGUCCUGUCUAGU